CUGGUUUCAAUAAAGAAAUUUAAUGCAUUGUAUUUGUAAUUUGUAUAGGUAUGACAAGAUAAAGGGUUUGCCAGAAGCAUUUGAAACUCCAGGAGUUUGCUCUAACUACAGUCCUCUUUACGUGGAAAAAACUACAAAAGCAAUCAAGGAAUUUAAGGCAGGGGGUGAUGCAGUUUUCACUUUACCAAACAGUCCAAUUAAAUGCGCAGGUGCACCGCAGAAAAUUCUCUACAUUGCAGAGGAAACUUUUAGGUUACAGGGUAAACCAGCAAAUAUGGUUUAUUAUACAGCUCUUCCUGUUAUAUUCGGGGUUAAGAAGUACGCGGAUGCGCUCUGGAAAGUUGUGAAGGAGAGAGGAAUAAAUGUAAACCUAAGGCAUGAUCUGAUUGAAGUCAAACCAGACACAAGGGAAGCAAUAUUUCUGAAUCUCGACACUCAGGAGAAGGUGGUUCAGCAUUAUGACCUUCUCCAUGUAACCCCCUACAUGAACGCUGCUCCUGUAGUAAGAGACUGUAAGGAGUUAUCUAAUUCUGAAGGAUACCUUGAGAUCGAUAAAUUCACUCUACAACAUGUCAGGUAUCCCAAUGUAUUCGGUUUGGGAGAUUGUACUAAUCUACCAACAAGUAAGACUGCGGCAGCUGUGGCUGGUCAGUUUGGAGUUUUAAGAAAGAAUCUUGGCGCUGUUUUAGAUGGAAAACCAAUGAAAGGAGUAUAUGAUGGUUAUACUUCUUGUCCUCUUGUUACAGGAAAGAAUUCUUGUAUACUUGCGGAGUUUGAUUUUAGUGCUCCACCUAAACCAUUAGAAACCUUUCCUGUAAACCAGGCAAAGGAGAGAAGUUCUAUGUACUUGAUGAAAGCCCAUGCAAUGCCGUUCUUGUACUGGCAAGGUAUGCUCCGAGGGUUCUGGGAGGGACCAGCUAUCUUCAGGAAAGCUAUGAGACUAGGAAUGUCGAAAUAAAUUCUGGAUCAAUUCAAAAUAUUCACAAGUGAACAUCAAAUUAAACAACAUAAUUUUGAAACAUUACUGUUCCCAAAAUCUUCACUCUAAUUCAAAAUUAUGUAGUUAAUUUUUGCAGUUAUUCUAUUCUACGUGGUUUUAAAUUUUUGUUUAUGUGUACUAAGUACACUCGACAUACUAGUACAACUAGUACAUUAUGUUCAGUAAAUGCAAAAAAAUUGUGAUAUUAUCUUAUGCUAACUUUGUCUUAACUUCCAGAUUACAAAAUUUUGCAGUGUUGUCCCCAGUAUUUCAUAAGUUUAUAUAUCUUUGUACAAUUAUUAUUGGAAAAAUAUAUUUUAUCAACUUA